GAGUUGAGGAGCUUGUGUAACAACAUUGCUGUGCUUGUGUUGGUUGUUUAUGUACAUUGUUACGAGAUGGGUCCAUUCUCUCGUCCUUUUUAGAUACGAAGCAGAAUUUUCGAUUAGUUUUGCUCUAAACAUCACAUUUGCGUUACAAUAGUUUUUCCUCUUCUACUGAUCGUUUAUUUACGUGUAACAACGAUCCUGCUGCUCUUCAAUUUCGAGGUAAUCUGCGACUUGGCACUACACCCCAAACCGACUGGCGAUUCCACCGAACAGACACAUGUCUGCAUUUGCGACGUCCAACAUGCCCGUAGACGGGACGAGCUGGCAGAAUAAUUUUGCCAAUUCUUCUUCUUCGUUCACUAAAAUGAACGAAAACGACGAAUUGGAGAACGUAGUUACUGUGGGCCCAAAUGGUGCUGUGAUGGAGAUUGAUCUAGGUGACGAGUUUGAUCUUUUUGCCGAACUCGUAGAGAAAAAGGGUAAAGAUGUUUUUGCAGAGGAUGGUCUACUUGCUGCCUUUUAUAAAGCAUGUCAAGAAAAAAUAAAACAGUCAACAAAAGAAAACGACACACUCGCUGUCGAACAAUGGGAUUUGGAGAUGCGAACAUGGGAUCUUGUUCAGCGCUUGUAUCUUUUACGUUCAACUGGAAAGGUCCCCGUAGUCCCAGCACAUAGAUUCUCUUCUCGUGCUAUUUGGGAGGAGAAAUUCUAUUCCGAAAACAUACAGGCAUCUGAGAAUAAUCUUGUCCUCAAUUGGCUUAGGGAUAGUGCUUCAAGCCCUGCUGCCAUUGAAUUAAGAGGCAAUCGAUGGUUCUAUACCCGCGAGGCUAUUAAGACUCGCAGCCGGACAAUAUCUUCGUUUGGCGAAAAAAGCAAUGUCUAUGUAUCCUCUCUAGAUCCAGAUGCUGAUCUACGUGAAGAAAAACGUUUAGAAGAACGCGACGACGAUUUUGAAAACAACUUCAUGCAACAUCUCUUCUGGCUAUUCCGUUCCGGCGAAUUUGAGGAAAUGGUAGAGUUGAGUAAAAGAAGUGGGAACCAAUGGAGAGCCGUGUCUAUUCAAGGUAUGAUAGAGUACCGAGAUAGUAUAGUCGAUUCUAAACUGGAUACCGGAACCUUUGGCAACAAGCGGAAAGAGUUGUGGCGUCGAACAUGUUUGGCUCUUUCUCGUGAAAAAAAAGCAAGUACUUUUGAACGUGCAACUUAUGGAGCCUUGUGCGGUGAUCUCAAGUCCGUUCUCCCUGUUUGUAAGACAUGGGAAGACCACCUAUGGGCCUUUUAUAAUUGCAUGACACAACAUUCUGUGAACUUGUAUCUCAAUUCCGUUAUGCCUUCUCCUCAAACACGGUUACCUCCGAUCGAUAGUGGUGCGGGAUUAACUCCAGAAUCUAUAUUUCAAGCUCUCGCACAGAGUGAUAGUUCAGAAGUGAAGGAUGCGGCCGCCCAACCGCUGCGUCAUGUUCAAGCUCGAAUUAUUUGUAACAAUGUCCGCCAGCUUUUUAUGGAAUUUCAUGAACAACUGGAGGCUGUCCGCUCGGGCGUGAAAGAACUGGACAGAACGACCGAGCCACAUGUUCUUCGAGUACUGGUGCAUCUCAUUUACGCCAUUCGUUUUGCCGGGUUUGAAGUUGAUAAUUACGCAUCUGAUUCCAUUUUACAGGCUUAUAUUGAACUAUUAGCCAGUGCCGGGAAAUGUGAGCUAGUUCCCUUGUACAUUUCUAACUUAUCCGGACAUAUCCGGGAUGAAACUUAUGCACGUUUCCUUGUCCUCAUUGAGGAUGAGAAACAGCGUUUGGAACAACUGAAAUUGGCGAAAAAGUUUUCCUUCAAUAUCGAUGCUGCAGUCAACACAGCAGUUGAGCGAAUUUUUGAGGAAACGUCUACAAAUGUAUUCAGUCAGAACAUUGAGCUCAAGUCUAUUGAUGCACCCGUGGACAUUGAAAGUCAACGCCUCAUUCGCACCUUAGAAUGGAUGCUUAUUACUUGUCAAUUUACAAAACUCAUUGGCUAUUCCAACGCCGCCUAUCGUCUGUUCUUGCGUGAUGGUAAUAUCAACGCAGCUAAUUUACUGGAUUCUCGACUGCCCUCGGAGACUCUUGUAACAAACGAUAUGAUCAGUCAAACACCAGACACUCCUGAAAAUGAAGCACAACUUCGCGUUGCGCUGGAGUUUAUGUCUUACUCCUCCUUGUGUUCUGCAUUUUUUAAUUAUCACGAGUAUUCCAAGUUACUUAAUACUCUGGUUCAUAACCAAAGUGCGGAAGAAAUUAAGUUAUCAGUCCUUUUAAAGAAUAAUGAGGACUUGAAGAAGCUUGCUUCUGACUGUAUCUCUUGCUUUUCUGAACUCAUUCGUACAAAUUGGCUGCAUCCUUCGACAUUUUCAUUGACCAAGGAAGAUAAUGGCGAUGUGUAUGACCAGUUGAUCCACAUUCGAAAUAUCUUUAUUCCAGAAAUUGUUAUUUCUCUUCAUCGGAUUUAUGAAAAUCAAGAAGAUUUCCAAAGCUGUUUGACUUUGGCGACACAAGUUGCCGGUGAUGAUAAGAAGCUCUAUGACUGUUUCCUUGCCUCGGGACGUAUGAAAGAGUACGUAAGACUUCUGAGUAAAGUCAGUGAACUUGACUUGCUUCAAAAGAACAGUGUGUUUAGUCUUUAGGACAUUGCUUCUAAAUGAGUAUCAAAAAAGUUGGUAUAUAAAAUAAAUCUUUGGGCCUUCUACAUAGCUAAUGAACAAUAAAGUUACAAAAGAGAAA